AAAGCCGCGGGGGCAUCAGCACUUGCCGAGGCCGUCUGUCACAUCGACUCCGCGAGGCAGUACGGCCGCAGCGUCAGAAUAUGUCAAGCGGUGCUGCGAUGGAUUCGUUCGAAGCGCUCGUCGAGAAGGCCGUGGACAGCAGGCGGGUUGAACUGCACGCCCUAAGCGACUACCUCUGGCGGAACCCCGAGCUGGCCCUGAAGGAGUUCAAGGCCCACGAGCGCCUCACGGAGUUCCUCGAGAACCAGGGAUUCCGGGUGCAGCGACACUGGCUGCUGGACACUGCCUUCCGCGCCGAGUUCGACAACACCCGGGGCGCUGAAGGUCCCACGGUGGCCUUCAUGUGCGAGUUCGACGCGCUGCCGGAAAUCGGCCACGGGUGCGGCCACAACCUGAUCGCCGAGUGCUCGGUGGCCGCAGGCAUCGCCGUCAUGGAGGCCCUGAAAGCGAGACCCGAUAUCCCAGCCAAGGUGCUUGUUCUGGGGACCCCUGCGGAGGAGAACUGCGGCGGCAAGGAGAUGCUCCUGCAGAAGGGAGCCUUCAGGGAUGUGGACGUGGCGCUGAUGGCACACCCGGGACGCCGAGACGCGCUGAAGAUGGGCUUUACGGCCUCGCAACACCUGUCAGUCAAGUUCCGAGGACGGACCGCGCACGCCGCAGCGUCUCCCUGGGAGGGUCUGAACGCCUUGGACGCAGCCGUCACCUCCUAUAUGAACAUCUCUGUGCUCAGACAGCAGAUGAAGCCUGCGUGGAGGGUGCACGGAGUGAUGCUCCAGGCGGGCAAGUACCCGAAUUUGAUACCCGAAGAGAGUGAACUCAAGUACCAUAUCCGGGCCCCCAGUACAGAGGAGCUCGACGUGAUCCUGUCGAAGGUGGAAGCGUGCUUUAGGGGCGCCGCAGAGGCCACGGGCUGCUCGGUCGACAUCAUCCGGGGCAUGAAGUACAAGCACAUGCUGCACAAUGACACCAUCGUCAGCGUCUACCAGAGGCACGGCGAGGCUCUUGGCAUCACAUUUGAGGGCGAGGACCCCAGAGCGGUGAUCGGGACCGGAGCAUCGACGGACGCGGCCAACGUGUCGCACGCCGUUCCGACGGCGCACCCGGUGUACGCUCUUCGAGCCACGGCCCGCAACCACACCCGGGAGUUCAGCCGUGCUGCGGGAGACCGGGACGCCCAGGAGCCCACGCUCAAGGUGGCCCGGGCCCUGGCCCUGACGGCCCUGGACUUCCUCAAGGAUUCGGAGUUGCUUCGAAAGGCCAAAGAGGAGUUCGCGUUCAACGCGACGCCCAGCAGUUAGCUUGCCCCAGAAAUACUUCUUUCUGAUACACCUUUCACUGCUCCGUGUAUUGCCCAACAUACAGGGUGUUUUUUUGUCUUUUUUAACACAGUGAAAGCUACACUAAUUCGUUUUCUGCGGGUGAGUUAUAUGGCCAGGGGGACAAAAUAUAAGUGACAAAUUGUCCUAAUAAAUAGAAUAAUUAACUAAAAUGUAUUAAUCAACUUUUUAAUGAGUGAAAAUAGACAUAUGAUUCUAAUCAAAAACUUAUUGAGCGUUAUUUAAACCUACCAAAUGAGUAAUUAUUGGAAAUAAUUUAGGCGGGUGGGAAGCGCAGUAGUGCGCUAAAGGGACCACUCGCGCGACAGGCACAAGGCUCGGGCUACGGUAAGAGACGGAAAAACCGCGCGGGUGUUUGAUCACGCCUGUAGCCUUGCUCCUGCUACCCGAGGGGUAACUUUAGCACUCCACCUGCUUUCCACGCGCGUUAAGUCGUCCUGAUAUUGACUGAUUUAUCGGUCUUAGGUGACGCUCAGCAAGUUUAUAAUUAAAACCAUACGUUUAUUUCCAAUAGUGAAAACGUUAACAUACUUAUAGUUAAUUAGCCGACUGAUCGUUAUAAUUUGCCCCCUCUACAAAUAAUGUCCCCGUGGCCGUACAACUCGCUUGCCCAAAGCGCAAUAGUGUCGCUUUCGUAAGUUUUUUUUUUAGCAAAUUUGUUAGGCUUAAAAAGAAACGGCCUGUGCUGUUAAUGAAAGGACGGCGGGGUGGCCUCUGAGUUGCCAGACCCCCAGCGCCAGUUUCUCAAAUUUGAUGGCACUUGGGCGUUUCGUGUGCAUAGAAGGUAAUGAGUACUUACAUUCUCAUUGUGUCAGAGACUGGAGGUGCUGCUAUAAUGUGCGUGCUCUGUGCUCGCCAGUGUCUCUCUUGAUAACCACGAAACUAUAUUUAAAAGAACCGUGUCACUCGGCCAUAUUAAUUUUUGAUGCCGAAUCGCAUUCUCGCGGAAGCUAAUCAAGAUUUUGUAUUCGUGCCGUUCGUGGCACGUCGCGCAACUCGCGGUACAAAGUCGUGUCGUCACGUAAUGUCACGGUGUCAACGUUAUGGAUAUACUAGUCACCGAGACGGUUCCAGAGUAGUUAGGCUCCGAAGCUCCGCGCGCUCUAAAUCAUCCAUAUACGUGACUCCAAUUGGGAGCCUUGCAUGUACACUGUGCAAUAACUGUACGGAUACCGCGCCGUCGGCGUGGUCGCCAGGUCUUUUAGGUGUGUGGCGCUCUGGAUAACCGCUUUCUUUUGCGACAUUAUUUACAAUGCAGUCUGAAUGCCCUCGUGUAUCUAACUCCGAGUUUCAAGUUAAUGACCCCGGGUGUCAUGCCGCACUGGUCAAAUCUUUCAUUUUGAAAUGAACCGUCUAUCACUGCCUAAACAUCCAGAAAGACAAGUAAUACACUCGAUGAGGGUGGCCUGCGCCGUGUUCCCACUGCAUUGGCGAACUUUAUCGCUCAGACUUGGAGCUUAGCCGAUUAUUUCUGGCAUCACAUUAAGCCGCUGGCAUUUUUUUUUAUUUAUGCCUUUUUAGCAUAUCGUAGAAAGCGAUAAAAUGCAGCAGCAUUUUAUUGAUUUCUUUACAACUGAAUGCAAGAUUUUCAGGACUGGACAGGAAGAGGAUAGAUUGAAACAUAGCCUCAGGUUCUUGUGAUAGCCUGAAACUUGCUUUGUUGGUCAGAUGAAGCUAGCAGCGAAGUUCAGCAAUGAUUUCCCCAUGACGAUUCUCAAGGCAGUUGGCCGUCGACGCUAUCUUUGUAAAAGAUUAAUGUGGACAAAUGAAUGUGACAGUGAGUUACGAGAAUGGCUUGAUAUGAAAUCUGACUCUCUAAACCACAAGCACCAAGUAUUUUUCUGCCGUCAUUCAUUACCUAAACAGCAAGACGCGUCUUACUCACUCGGGGCAUCAAGUGACAUACCUAUCUAAACCCGGGCUGUCAAAGCUUCAUUAAUCAAGACAGAGAAACAAAAAUGUAAUAAAAAAAGGUCAAAUGGCAACCGCCUGAGUGCCCAUUUACACAAAUCCUUACAUUUUUUUUUUUAUGCUUUAUACGAAGCGAAGCAACUUGAGUAGACUGCACUGCAAUAGAAUUCAUAUUUAGAAGCAGCCGUUUUUCCAAGCAUCGUUCGUGCAGAACCAAGUUCAGUGAAACAGCCUGAUCGGCGGCCGAGCCGACGAGCAAUACGCCUCGCAAGUGGGCUUAUUUUCGUCUUCUGCGCAUGAGAAAGGAGGUAGCGGU